CAACCGCUGCUCUGUGUCUCGUGUUGUAUCGGCAGUUCUAAAGAGUAAAGAGAGCAAGAAAGAAAAGAUGUCGUCCAAGGUCAGCACCCUUUGUCUAGUAGCAGCCCUCCUCCUCUUCUACACACUAACCUCCGCCACUGCCAGGCCAGAGCCCACAUUUGCAGACAUCCCUUCCUUGAAAACUCAGCAUAGGGAUGCUGAACUAGGGAAAGUUAUGGUGGAAGAAACUUGUGAAGGAGCUGGGGAAGAAGAGUGUUUAGAGAGAAGAACACUAGCGGCUCACAUCGAUUAUAUCUACACCCAGAAGCAUAAGCCUUGAAAUUUCUCAUACUGUAGUAAUCUUGUCAUUUCUGGGUUAUUUGUGUGUCCCUGGAAUCUCUUACGUAAAGUAGUUGUAGCCCCAGGUCAUGUUUUUAUCAUGGAGCUGCUUGGUUAAUUAUUACCUCAUACCAUACAUUGUUUUUGUAUUCCUUCCUUGUAGGAAAGAUUCUGUAUUGAUAGACAAAUUAUCUAGUUUUUCCAUUA